AUGCCCCGUCUCAUUCAGCGCCUGUUGCCAUCGCGUUGGCCCUUGGCGAGUCCACCGGAGCCGUCUCCUGGUGCAGAUGGUGACGAUUCUGUUGACGCUGCUGCCUCCGGCGCGCUGCCCACACUAUCGACGCAUGACACACACAAGGAUCGUCUGCCGUUUUGGCGCCGACUGCUCUGCGCGCCGGAGGUGCCAGAAUUGAAUACGCGCACCUCGCCGUUGCUGCAGGACAGUGCUGGGGAUGCUUCUAGCAGCCUCGGCCCCUCCGUCUUUUCCGUCGCCGCUGCGGCCACCACCAGCAGCAAGAGCAACAAUUCGUCAUUGAGGGCGUCGCGGAGUCUGUUCGCCGGCCCGCCGCUGCUGGGAGAGCGGGAUGGGGCGAGUUGCGCCGAUGCACCUGUCGCCUCUCAACCGCCGUGCCCCGCUGCGUGCUGGACGGUGACCGAUACGCGGCGAGCGGCUCCAGAGCCCAACGGCGCAGCAUCAGCAGCAGCAGCAACAGCGUGUUGCACCUCCUUCCCGCCGUCCUCGUCGUUGGCGUGCCACACAGAUCUGACGCAGCUGAAGCAGGCUCAAAAGGAGCAGCUGAAGGAGGUCACGCGACGGAAACGAGAGCUCCUGCGCGACGAGGAGGCCCUGCUGGAGGAAGAACGCCGUCGCCUUGGACUUCUGGCUUGCCGCUUCUCUGUCGAUGGAGCUCAGGGAGAAGCGUCACCGGGGGCCGCACUCACGAUGGAGGCACUGGCGCAGCACGAGGCGGAAAAUUUCAAGGCCGCUGCAGGCGGGAUGGUUGUGCCACGCAAAACGUCCAUUGCCGACACUGAAGAGGAAACAGGCUUCGUUGAAGGUGAUGAUGCGAUCGAUCUGCAGGACCUGAAUCGCCUUUACGAAUACUACAAGCGUCGUGAAGGAAUAUAUUCCACUCCUGUACAGGAGGAUUCAGUGUCUUCUCCCGCUUCAGUACGAGCAGCAGCUGUACCACUACAAACACAACCCAUCAAGAAGACGCGGAGCUAUUCCCUGUACUCUCGGCAGUAUAUUGAGCGUGUGGUACUAGCGCAGCGCUCGCAGCAGCUAAUGGCACUCAUGUGGCUCCUUGCGGAAUCCAUGCGGCAUGCAUGGAAGCUGCACUUGCGACUUGCACAGCUGUACUUCUACUACGUACCGAUCUGCUUGCGGGCCGCAGCUGCGGAGUCUGCUUUGGGUAAGGGUGAGGACGCUGACGCAGAUGCCAUAAUGAAAAACCGGUACUACUCAUACUUUUGCUCAGGUAAUUUUGAUUAUGAGUACUACGCGUAUCAUUUCAGCCAAGAGUGGGAUCCACUCUUUGCCGAUGUCCUCAACUACCUGAAGCCGGACAGUGCUGAUGACGAUACCACGCCUGGUGGAAGCGUUGGCGCUGCGGCUACGGUCCUGUAUUCGAUGGAGCUUUUCGAGCGUCAGCGUGAGCUGCAGCUGGCGGUGCGUGAGGCGGAUAUAUUUGUGCGGUCGCGCUGGCAGUGCAUCAACGAUCCCAGCGCGUUGACGGCGAUUCCGCCCCCUGUUGCUGUGCCGCAGCCUGCUGCUGCUGCUGCUGCUGCUGUUGAUAACAAUGGCGGUAGUGGCGACAAUGGGACGGAGGAGGGAGGUGCGCAGGUGGUGUCCGCGAGUCCCACCAACGACACAGCAGAGAAGCCAGUGGAGGAGGCGACAUACGUCCCGGUGGACUGGUGGAGCGCGCAGGACGCCGACGUGAGGGCACACGUCAGCUGGAAUCGCAAGAAACGGAAGCUGCGCCAAAUCCGUCUCAGCGUGACGGCGAAGGACAAGUCUCGGCGGCUGGAAGGCGCCGACCACGACACAGCCACCGCUGCUGCUGCUGCUGCUGCUGGCACGCCGACGAUUGAGGAGCUGACACCUGUCGCCAUUGAGAACCUCUUAGAGGAUUGCAGCGACGAGGAGUCUCAGUCGCACCACAUCGUCAAUGUUGGUUGCUUCGGAUUCUCAUUCUUCUCACGGUGGGAUUAG